AUGACUCUCGAGAAUAAAUGCCAGCAGGCAAUUAAUUUGUUUUUUCUUGAAUUCAGGUCUUUGGUGAUUAAUGCGUUUGCCAGUAUGACGUUAAAUUUAAAGGAUUGCUUCGAAGAAAUCCAACCCACCUGCCUACAUUCAACCAAAAAUAAUUUCUCUUACAACAGUUUUUUAAAAUUGACCGUGACCUUGUUGAGAUCCUACAAGAAAGGUGGCGGAACAGGAUUUCUAGUUAAAAAUAAUUUAAUCUAUGAAGUUUUAGAUAAUUUCAGCCAUGAUUUUAAUGUCUUUGAAUGGAGUGGAGUCAAAAUAAUCUGCAACGCCAAAACAUGUUACUAUAUAUGUGUUUAUCGACCGCCAGGAGAUAACUUACCUAAUACUUCCAAACGCAACAGCAUAAAAACUAGAAUAAUCAACUCGGAUAACAUAGCUCAAGCAAAUGAUAAACUGGCAAAAUUUCAAAGGCCAGAUACUCAACAUGACCUUGAUUUAGAUACAGAAUACGACAUCUUCUUAAUGAAGUACAUGGACAUCAUAGACCAUACAUGCCCUCUUCUAAACAAGAAAAACCGUUUCAGAAAGCCCUGGAUGGAUAUUGAUCUCUAUUAA